AUGGUGUUGUGUAAGACGGGAGUUCGGUUUGGAGCAUGUCCUGGUCGUGGGUUGGCGUUGCAUGAGUACCAAGCGAAGGCGCUGAUGGACAAGUACGGGUUGCCUACGCAGAUGGGUUUGACGGCGGAUAGUUCGGCGGAGGCGGGACAGAGUGCGAAGGCGUUAUUGUCUAAGGGAGCGGGGACGGUGGUAUUGAAGGCUCAGGUGUUUGCGGGUGGUCGUGGUAAGGGUUCGUUGUCUUCUGGUUUGAAGGGCGGCGUGCAGUUUGUCAAGAGUCCGGAGCGUGCCGCUGAGUUGGCUAGUCAGAUGUUGGGGCACCGACUGACAACGCAUCAGACGCCUGCGGAGGGUCUGGAGGUGCGCAAGUUGUUGUUGACGGAAGCGGUGGAUAUUGCGCGUGAGUUUUACCUGGCGAUCAUCCUGGAUCGCACGCAAGGCGGGCCUUGCAUUGUGUGUUCCCGCGAAGGUGGUGUGGAUAUCGAGGAGGUGGCCAAGACCAAGCCCGAGGCGAUUCGCGUAAUUCCAGUGAACAUUGCUAAAGGCGUGGGCGUCCGCGAACUUGCUGCUGUGUGCGAAACGCUGCUGCCUACAGUCGAGUCAGCCCUCCCAGCCUCCGCCGCCGGACUGAGUGACCGACAGAAAAAAGCAGUAUACCGCUCGCUCUGUGCGCAACUCCAAGACACUGUCAAAAAGCUCUACCAACUCUUUGAGAAGUCGGACGCAAGCCAAAUUGAGAUCAACCCAAUCGCCGUCACCGGCGAUGAUCGCGUUGUCUGUGUCGAUGCCAAACUCGGUUUCGAUGACAACGCCUUCUUCCGCCAGAAAGAACUAUUUGCGCAAGAAGACACGAGCGUUCGCUGUCCGCGAGAAUUGGCCGCUGAGGCUGAACAUAUGAAUUAUGUUAGUAUGGAUGGCAAUGUCGGGUGUCUUGUUAAUGGUGCUGGUCUCGCCAUGGCCACCAUGGACCUGUUGACUGUGCAUGGCGGUAGUCCCGCCAACUUUUUGGAUCUCGGUGGCGGUGCAACCAAGGAACAGGUACUCAAGUCCUUCGAACUUCUCACUUCCGACCCCAAGGUCCAAGCCAUCUUUGUCAACAUCUUCGGAGGCAUCACCCGCUGCGAUGUCGUUGCCCAAGGCAUACUCGAAGCCGCGCAACUUUGUAACAUGGAUCGCCCACUCAUCGUACGUCUAGCCGGCAACAACGCAGAGAAGGCCAAACAGAUACUAUCGAACCCACCCAAAGGGCUCAACAUACACUACGUACAAGAUUUCUCCAACGCCGCCAAAACCGCUGUCGAAAUAGCCAACCGGCCCCAAAGGUUACCUUACACACUCACCGCUUAA